GCGUUCAAUACUUCAUCUGGAAGUUAUCUCAACCAGACUUAGUGGGAAAUAAAGGAAAAUAAUUCGCUAAGGGACGAAAAUUCCAGAAUAUUUGAUGUACUUUUUCAAAUUAGUUCAUAAUUUGAUAUUUUUUGAUAAUUAGUGGCGAUCGUGGGGCGCUCGUUUAGUAAUACCCAGAGCACCGCAGCGAGCAGUCCACGCUGACAUGAACCACUGACACGGAAACAACAAGGGUAUCAUCAUGCAGAGACCUCAGGGCAGCAGUGAGCGGACCCCGCUGGUGCCGCCCACCUACAUGUUCGAGUCCAGCAUCUCCAGGAGCUACCAGAAACGUCUCAGAAACUUCCAGUGCGCCGUCUGUGUCGUAUUGAUCCUACUACUGUCGGUAACAUUGUUGGUGACCAUAUCCUACAACCUCACCCUCGGCGGCCCUGAGUUUCCGGAGGUGGUGUCUCCGACGACUCCGUCCUCUCCCGAGGGCAACCUCACCCGCCGUCUCAUGCUCAGCCCUGACCUGAUGCCGAUCAUGAACAGAACCUGGCCUCUCAAUGGUCGCCCUAUCCCAAAAUGGAAAGCCGAAACAGUAAGUCCGGAAGCCAUAGACGCCGCUGUACAGAAAGGCAAAGCUAUGCUAGUGAAGCGUAGAAUAAUAGAGCGAAGCCUUACUCCUCUCGACUCAGAGUCGCCGGCCUUCAGAGGCCAAAGGGCGGCAGCUACGUCGGCCCUGGUUAAACCGAUCGCCGAGACAGCGUACGCCGUAGAAGAAGCAACCAGAGAAUUACUGAACAGCACUGAGAUACCCGAUGCGGUUGGCGCAGUCGGUGUGGGUCCAGCAACCAACGGGUCGUUCCCGGAGCCAGCGUACUGCCGCCCGCCCACCGCGCCCUGCGUCAUCUCUAAGUACAGGACGCAGGAUGGCUCUUGUAACAACCUGGACCAUCCUCUACUCUGGGGCGUCUCCAAUACACCGUUCAGACGAGUCCUGCCACCAGACUACGGUGACGGUGUAAGCUCCCCCCGCACUGGAUGGAACGGCGCUCCUCUGCCCAGCGCUCGAGAUGUCAGCGUAACGGUGCACAGACCCAGCUACGCUCACGACACACAGUUCACCGUGAUGCUCGCCGUGUGGGGACAGUUCAUAGACCACGACAUCACAGCCACCGCUCUCAACAAGGGAGCCAACAGCACUCCCAUCUCUUGCUGCACCGACAUGACAAUACACCCGGAGUGCUUCCCGGUGAAGCUGGACCCGGAGGACCCCUUCUACCAGGACUACAACCUCACAUGCAUGGAGUUUGUGAGGUCAGCGCCUGCGCCUACCUGCCAUUUCGGUCACCGCGAGCAGCUGAACCAGGCGACAGCGUUCCUGGACGCGUCGACGGUGUACAGCUUCAUGGAGAACAAGACCAACCAGCUCCGUGCGGGAGCCAACGGUCAGCUGCGGAUGUUGAAGCUCGGCCCCUGGGAGCUGCUUCCGCCCUCCACCGACCCCAACGACGGAUGUAACACGGUCGAGAUGAACGCCAAAGGACGCUACUGCUUCGAAUCGGGCGACGACCGCGCUAACGAGAACCUCCAUCUGACGACGAUGCACCUGCUAUGGGCACGACAACACAACCGCGUGGCAGCGCGCCUCCAGCAGCUCAACCCCGCCUGGGACGACCAGCAGCUGUUCCAGGAGACGCGCAGGAUAGUCGGAGCCCAGAUGCAGCAUAUCACAUACGCAGAAUUCUUACCAUCUAUACUAGGGGAGGACGUGAUGUGGUCGUUGAACCUCACGCUGCAGGAGUCGGGGUACGCGACCGUGUACGACUCCACCGUGGACCCUUCCAUCGCGAACCACUUCUCCGCCGCAGCCUUCAGAUUCGCUCACACGCUGCUGCCGGGCCUGAUCCAUAACGUGGACCUGAGCACGGGCACGGUGAGCUACACGCACCUCCACGAGAUGUUGUUCAACCCGUACGCGCUGUACAACGAGCAGGGGUCCAAGAGGUCCGUGAGGUCCGCCAUCUACACGCCCGUGCACGCCGUGGAUCCCCACAUCACCAGCGAGCUGAGCAAUCAUCUCUUCGAGCGUAGCGUCGCCAACAGCAGCAGCAAUGUGAAGGGUGCCAAUCCCCUGCCGUGCGGACUGGACCUGGUGUCGCUGAACAUCCAGCGAGGCCGCGACCACGGCCUGCCCGCCUACCCCGCCUGGAGGGAGCACUGCGGCCUCUCCCGCCCGCACACCUUCGAGGACCUGGAACCGAUCUUUGACGAACUGUCCUUGAGCAGGAUUUGCAAAAUUUACAAGAGCGUCGAUGACAUAGACCUGUACACGGGCGCCCUGGCCGAGGACCCCAAAGGCCGUCUCCUGGGCCCCACGCUCACCUGUCUCGUGGCGGACCAGUUUCUGCGGAUCAAGGUCGGCGACCGCUACUGGUACGAGACCUCGGAUCCAGAUAUUAAUUUUACUCCAGAACAACUGUACGAAAUCCGUAAGACGACCCUGGCGGGAGUGAUCUGCGCUAACGAGGGUCUGCUGGAUCAGGCGCAGCCGCGCGUCAUGGAGGCUCUGAGCGCCACCAACCCGCUGGUCGACUGCAAGGAACUCCCGCAACCUGACUUCAAACCUUGGAAGGAUCCCGACCAGAACCAGCCGACCAAGAAACCAUCGAGCAAAAACAACAACAAAGGAUAAUCGACACCAAACUUGUAUAACAUCGUCUGUGACCCGUUUGAAUGACAUUAUAUUUAUAAGCUGUGGCGUUGGCGUGACAGAUCGAAAGUUAGGUUAGAGCGUGUCUAUAGAGUGGAAUGAUUGUGGCGGGACUCGGCUUUACUUUACGUUUAAUGCAUUAUAUUUAAUAGUAAUGGUGAUUGUUUCAAUAAAUGACAUGAGGACUUAAGGUUA